CCGGUUGUGAAAUUGAGUAAUGAGAAGUAUGAAGGUCCUAAAUUUCCACCAAGUUUGGAAUGGUGGGAUAUUCACCGAGGGCCGGACAAGGCCGGCGAACUUCUGGCAGCUUUUGAGCUCCUGCAGCUAGCACCGUUUGGCGACAUGGGUGGUCAGGACUUACCUCCCCUGAGAUUACCUGCGGAAUCUGAACGACAGGACAGGGGUCCGAUCAUGCCAGUUCCUAAGGGUAUAAGACCCAUUCUUAGUAAACACAGAAUUGAGGUUCUGUUCUGGGGAGUAAGAGACUUGAAGCGAGUACAGUUGACAACAGUUGACAAGCCUCGUAUUGACAUAGAAUGUGCCGGACAUGUGUUACAGUCUGCUGUUGUACUGAACUGCAAGAAAAAUCCAAACUUCAGUGUACCAGUCAAAUACUUUGAUGUUGAACUACCAGAAAAUGAGCUCUAUUGUCCACCAAUAACCAUCAGAUGUGUAGAUUGUCGUAACUUUGGUAGAUACGUUUUGGUUGGCACCCAUGUCAUAAACUCCAUUCAUAAAUUCAUGUAUAUUCCAACAACGAAGAAAGCCAAACAGGCAUUGCAAAAACUGUUCCCAGGGAAGAGGCCUGAUGCACCACAUGUGAUACACACAGGACCAGUGUCGACGAAGGCAUCAGAUGUGGCGGUCAACAUUGAUGAAAACUUUCCACUUAUAAAGAAAGAAACGCAAAUCACAAUUGACAAAGGUGUGCAGCAAAAAGACAAAAAGACUGAGGAGAACACUCGACGACGGAGACGGCGAUCAACAAUUGAAGAAGAAGAGCUAGAUGAGGAUGCAAUGGACUGGUGGAGUAAAUACUUUGUGUCCAUGGAAACGCUCAUUAUGGAAAAUGCUGGGAUAAUUAAGGAUCCUGCGGAAAACCACGAUCAGGAGCAUGACAAGAAACGAGGAGUGGAGAACUUUGGUGACCCUCUUGACCUUGAUAACCAGAUCACGCCCAUGCCGACCAGUCUGGCAGAUAAAAACCAGUCAACCACACCAUAUGGUGCCAUAACCAAUGGCGAUCCUAAACCCCCGUCUCCUGAAGAUCCAGAUUUUAAUCCUAAAGAGGCAAAGAAAAUGGAAGAAGAAUUAAAAAAGAUGGAGAAAAAGAACGAGAAGAAAACAUUCAAGGGAACGGCAAAAUCAGUCGCCCUGGCAUCCAGACUGUCUCCAAAAUCUCAACGUAAAAAGGACGCCUUAUUGAACUCAACAGCGCAACUUAAGGGAUUUGUGAACAAGGCAUUUUCUAGGAAAGAUGAGAUGGAUGAAAAUGAAAAAGCCCACAAAGCUCACAUAAAGAGAUUCGAGGAUGAACAACAACCAGCAUCUCUUCAGGUGUUCCCCAAUGAGCUGGAAAGCCAACCAGAGUUCAAUGGCUUCAAAGACUGGCUACAUACAUUUGAACUUUACAGAGGAAAGAACAUGGGCAAUGAAGUUUCUGAUGAAGGGAGAAUUGUUGGAAAGUUUAAGGGAUCACUGAAAAUUUACAAGAUACCACUACCAGCUGACAUAGAAGACAAAACGAUUACUGGAGGUGACCCAUCAUUUGGACUCUUCCAGGGCCUUCCUGGUAACGAGCCAAUUAAGGUCCUAGUCAGAGUUUAUGUUGUCAAGGGUAAUGACCUUCACCCUGCUGAUAUGAAUGGCAAGGCAGAUCCAUAUUUAGUUAUUCGUUUGGGAAACACUACGCUGAAUGACAAGGAGAAUUACAUAUCCAAACAGCUCAAUCCGGUGUUUGGAAAAUGUUUUGAAAUUGAGGCAACGUUUCCAAUGGAGUCAUUGUUGACGGUCCAGGUUUACGACUGGGAUCUUGUCGGGAUGGAUGACCUGAUUGGUGAGACGAAGGUUGACCUAGAAAACAGAUACUACAGUCGACAUAGGGCAACCUGCGGAAUUUCCAAGAAAUUUGAUGUAUCAGGGUACAAUGGAUGGCGUGAUCCUGUAAAACCAACUCAGAUUCUAUCGAAACUAUGCAAGGAUGGUAAGGUGGAUGGCCCUCACUACCAGCCAGGGAGAGUUCGAGUUGAGAAUCGAAUAUUUACAGCACCUAUUGAAGAAUUUGAAGAGGAAGAUGGUCAGAGGAAGUCAAUGGAUGAACACCUGGCCCUGGCUGUCCUUAACCACUGGGAAGAGAUCCCUAAAGUAGGCUGUAAACUGGUUCCCGAACACAUUGAGACAAGGCCCUUGUACAACCCAGAGAAGCCGGGCAUCGAACAGGGUAAAAUAGAGAUGUGGGUUGAUAUGUUCCCAAUGGACAUGCCGGCCCCACCUCCAGCUGUGGAAAUAAGUCCCAGGAAACCAAAAAGCUAUGAGUUACGCUGCAUUAUUUGGAACACUGACGAUGUUGUCCUGGAGGAUGAUGCAUUUUUCACGGGCGAAAAAAUGUCCGAUAUUUAUGUAAAAGGCUGGAUUAAGGGUCAAGAAGAUAUGCAGUCCACAGACAUACAUUAUAGGUCUCUGACAGGGGAAGGUAACUUUAACUGGAGAUUUAUAUUUCCCUUCGAUUAUCUGGUUGCCGAGGAGAAGAUCGUGAUCUCAAGGAAAGAGACUUUGUUUUCCUGGGAUGAGACUGAAACUAAAAUACCAGCACGACUGAAUCUCCAGGUCUGGGACGCAGAUCAUUUCUCAGCAGACGACUUCCUAGGUGCAUUGACUUUGGAUCUAAACAGGUUUCCAAGGGGAGCUAAAUCAUCAAAGUUAUGUACGUUGAACAUGUUAAAGAAUGAUGGAAGUGUUCCACAGAUGUCUUUAUUUAAGCAGAAACGAGUAAAAGGAUGGUGGCCAUUUGCUGUGAAAAAUGAGCAGACGGAUGAGCUGGAAUUGACGGGUAAAGUUGAAGCAGAAAUGCACCUGUUUACAUCAGAUGAGGCUGAGAAACACCCUGCUGGUCAGGGUAGAAAUGAACCAGACCCAUUGGAGAAACCAAAUCGACCAGACGGAUCGUUUAUUUGGUUCUUGAACCCGCUGAAGUCAAUUCGCUAUAUACUCUGGCAUAACUACAAGUGGAUGAUCAUAAAAAUCCUCAUUAUUUUACUGUUAGCAGCACUUCUCGUUUUGUUCUUCUACGCGAUGCCAGGAUAUACUGUGAAAAAGAUGUUUAACGUUUAAGUUGCCAAAAAAAAUUCCAAAAAAUGUGUUUAAUUUUCUUAGUGAUCAUGACUUAGAUACAGCUGUGUUCAUUUUUUGUUCCUUUUUUAAGACAUUGCAUGAAGUUACAUCCACCUUCUGCUCAUUCAUUCAUUUAUUUUCAACAAAUUGUUUUCCAGUCGACCAGAUGGAUCGUUUAUCUGGUUCUUGAACCCGCUGAAGUCAAUUCGCUACAUUCUCUGGCAUAACUACAAGUGGAUGAUUCUGAAAGUCCUUAUUAUCUUAUUGUUAGCAGCACUUCUUGUGUUAUUUUUCUACGCAAUGCCAGGAUAUGCAGUAAAGAAAAUCUUCAAUGCUUAGAAUAACUGACUUAUUUUGGCUUUAUUAGUAAAACCAGUGAAACAGAUCAUAGCAAAUUUGCAGGCUAUAUAGUGAAAACAAUAUAGCAGGAAUUGGAUAUCCUUGUGGUACACCAGAACAUAUAUGUGAUCAAAAUCUGUGUAAAAUUAGCAAACCACCUUUAUUUAUGUGUGAAUGAGACUUGUUAGUGUUAUGUCAAAGAGGAAUUUUCCUUCAGAGUGUGCAAUAUUGGUUGAUUUAUUGAUAUUGAACUUUAGCUUGUUCUACAAAAUGUCUUCAUAGCAAAUGUGAGGAGUAAAAAACAGUUAAUAGUUAUAGUGCAAUAGAGCUGUGUAAUUGAUGCAAGAUUUCUUCUUAAAUGUGUGUUACCAUUUUUUCAGUAUCUA